AAACGGUCAAGUGGAUAUAAAAAGUUUACACACCCCUGUUAAAAGUGCAGGUUUAUCUGAUGUAAAAAAAUGUAAGAUAAAUCAUGUCAGAUCUUUUUCCACCUUUAAAGUGAAACAGCAACCAACAAAAUUCAAGUAAAAAACAAAUAGAAACCUUUUAGGAGAAAAAAAUACAAACGUGCACAUACUGUCUUUUAUUAUUAUUGUUUUUGAAUAUUGAUUAAAUUAAAUAUGACUUCUACUGUCAUAUGUGAAUAAAUAAUGAAUACAUAUGUGAAUAAAUGCAGUGAAUACAUUAAUUAUAUAAAGUUUAUAUUAUAGAAAUAAAUUAUAUUAAAGUACUCUUUAUAAAUAUUUACUACAGUAGAGUAGUAUGAUAUAAUUAUACGUAAAAAGUAUCAUUAAUUAAGUGAAACAUACCAUAACAGUGAACAAUGUGUUUAAUUACUGUAAUGAGUCCAUGAUUUCACAGGGUUACGCCUCAUGGUUUUACAUUUGCUUUGUCUUCUGAAACCUCGCCCUCUGCAUUUAAACACAUUUUGGAGAAAAUGAAACUGAGGGGAGGAAACGUACACGAGCAGCUCUCAGCAGUGUGAGGUGUAAUACACCUGAAGACUGUGUUUUCAUUAAGAAAUGGCUGAUGACUCAUCAGAUGUCUGUAAGUCUAAGUUCUCCUGACACACCAGAAACAUAUGAUUAUCGCCCAGUAAAAGAAAUGGGCACAGCUACUGGGAACAAUCCCUCACAGACCAUAGAGGAUACAACAAAGCAAACGUGCAAAAUCAAGAAAAAUAAGAAGGAAAAGAAAGAAAAACAUCUGCAUAUGAAAGUUAAUUAUGAAAAGAAAGAAAAGAAUCUGGAAGCAAGAGAGAUUGCUGUAGAAAAGAGAGAAACCCAUCAGGAUAGAAAAGAAAUUCAUCUGGAAGAGAGAGAAAAGCAUCUGAAUGAAAAAGAAACGAAUUUAGCAGAAAAAGAAAAGCAUCUACAACAAAAAGAAAUUACUUUGCAAGAGAAAGGAAAGCAUCUGGAUGGAAAAGAAGUUCAGUUUGAAGAAAAAGAAAAGCAUCUGGAUGGAAAAGAAAUGAAUUUAGCAGAAAAAGAAAAGCAUCUACAGCAAAGAGGGAUUCAUUUGCAAGAGAAAGAAAAGCAUCUGGAUGGAAAAGAAGUUCAAUUUGAAGAGAAAGAAAAACAACUGUUUGUAAGAGAGAUUAAUUUGGGGAAAAGAUCAAAAUAUCUAGAGGGAAGAGAGACUCGCUUGCAAGAGAGAACAAAACAUCUGGAAGAAAAAGACAUUUCUUUAGAAGGAAGCUUAAAGCAUCUGUUGGGGAGAGAGAAUAGUUUGCAAGAGAGAACAAAACAUCUGGAAGAAAAAGAAGUUUCUUUAGAUGAACGUUUAAAGCAUCUGUUGGGGAGAGAGAAUAGUUUGCAAGAGAGAGGAAAGUGUCUGGAUGGAAGAGAGGUUCAACUGGAAAAGAGGGAAAUGCGUAUAGAUAGAAGAGAGAGUCGUGUGGAUGAGAGAGAACAGCGCCUGGAGGGAAAGGAGAUUCAUUUGGAAGAGAAAGAAAAAAAUCUUGCACAACAUGACCUGAGACAUCUUAAUUCUGCAGAUAGAGAAAAUGAAAAGCAGGAAAGAAGUUCAUUCAUGAAAAGUUCCAAGAAGCAAAAGAGAGAACAUCCUGAUGAAGAAGAGAAAGAGCACUCUGUUGAUGAGUAACCUAUUCAGUGUAGAAACAGACAGUAGACCUGUGCAUGAACACCGGCUGGAAGAAGAAACCUUCAGGUGGAAGAAGAGGAAGAAAUUAGUACCUUACCUGAAUAUAUACUGGAUCUGUACGUGACUUGAAUAGAGAUCAGAACAUUAUUCUGAUAAUAAUAUUUUUAACAAAGGCCACGUUAAAAUAAAGAGGACACAAACUCAACAGUCGAGCAUGAACAACCACUUAUCAAAACUACUUAAUAUUAUGUGUGUCCUGUGAACCGAGCAGCCAGCCAAAUUCCCAUUCCUGAGUCAGGCAACAAAACUGUAAAAAACAAACAAACAAAAAACUUGCUGAUACGACAUACGCCUGUGAUGUUUAUGUGAAAAAAAAAAAAGCUAAUGUAAAA